AUUAAAACUUAUGGGAUCAAGCUGUUGUUAAGCUUAAGGAGAUUAGAGAUUUGAGUUAUAACAGUAAUAAAAGAUUAAAUUAAAGAACAAAGCUUAAAUUUCAAAUAAAAAAAGUCGUUAAAGUGGUACAGAUUAGAAUAAGGAGAAUGAGAGAAAAUAAACUUACGAAAAUAAUAGAUUAUAAUUUAUAGAUGAUACUGGAAAGGAAUAUAAUAGAAUAGCUGCAAGUAGUUUAGAAAUAUAGGAACUAACAGGGGAUAUGGAUAGAGUCGAUUCAAUCUAAUUAACCGAAAAUGCUGUUAAAGAAAAGCCUUAGAUGAGAGAUUCAUGUGAUUCUAUUUCAAUUGGAUCUAAAAAGACUAUCUUGAAAAAAGAAACAAAAUAUAGUUUAUUUCGCAGUCAGGCUAAUUUCAAUCAGAAUUAAAAGAAAGUUAGAUUUGAUGAUGUGUGAAAUUAAUUAUGUUUUGUAAUAGUUAUUUUAAAAUAGUAAAGAGUUUUAGCUUGAGUCUAUAAUUAAAAUUAAUAAAGGC